AUGUGCACGCUCCGGUGCCUCACCGGCACAGAAGGUCGGCACGUCCUUUUCAACGUGACGGACGCCGCCGAGGCGCGGCUCGCAUGUGGUGGCGUUGCUGGUGGCGCACUCUUUGAGCGCUCGUCUGUCUACUACUGGCAGCAGCAACGGCGACCGCUGGCUGUGAAGCAUGAGGCCAUUUGCACCAAGAAGGUUGGGUUCCACGUGCUCACGGAGGUCUUCAGGACUCUCGGGAUCGGCUUCUGGCAGUGGAAGCCACACAUCAUCAUGAUGCGGCUACGCGCUCUGCCCGCUGGGGAUGUUCUCUACUACCUUGACCGCGAUACGCCUGUGAGCCCAGCGCGGUCGUUGCAGCCACUCUUCUGCCUCGCCCAGCAAGUCAAGGGCAGCUUCGCUACCUUUCACAGCCCAUGCUUUCGUGAUCGCGCGUGGACACAGCACUCGAUGGUCAGGGCACUCGUGGCGACGGACGCCCAACUUGAUAGUGCCACUUCUUGGGCAGGCAUUAUUGGAAUGCGAGCAGAGCCUGCGGCAUUCGAGCUUCUUCAGCGCUGGAAUGCCAGCACGUCGCUCUUCGCAAACACAGACUUCGUGAAUUAUCGAGACUCGUGCAAGCAGGCUCACGCCAAGCACGAAGAUGCAGCCUUCUGCGAUCACCGCCACGAUCAGGCUGCAAUCUCGCUGCUCACCAAGCAGGCGGGUGUCAAGAGCUUCCCAGUGCCUAUUGCGAAGCACGACCCACGCGACGUGUGGGCGUGGGAGGCGGGCUAUUGCGAGCCGGGGUUCAAGUGGCCGCUGGACAAUGUGGGCCUGGGCAAGACGGACUAUACUGCUAUUUACGGCCCCGAAGGCAGUGGCCUGAAGAGUGCUGCGCUGUGCUGCGCGCUCGCCAUUACCGGCACGCUGGCAGGAGCGGCGGUGGACGCGCCGCCGUGA